AUGAACAAUAACUCUUCCUGUCCUCGUGGGGUUUGUUGCCUGGAGCUUGACUUCUUCAGAAAAGAAAGAGGGUUCAUCUUAGAUGGUGUGGCCGUCGCCUCCAAUGCUUUGGGGUACGGCAAAGUCAAUCCCAAACUGUGCGAUGUUAUUCCGCCGUACAACGCCCAGGCUGACCCUUACACUAAGUUCAAUUUCUACAGCAAUCAAAUGAGAAAGCUUCUCAAGCGGACCAACCAGGAUCAUGGUGGGACAUCAAGCAAUGGCUGGCUUGUGGAUUAUUUUUACAAAUAUGGACCAGCUCAAAGGUACCUUCGCAAAAGAAAUAUGUAUGGAGCAGGUCAUUCAUAUGAUCAAAUAGUUGGUCACCGAGGAUUUUUGGCAGAUCUCAGACCGAUAGAUGGAUACAAUGGAAGGUUUGGAUUCAGAAGAAACACACCUGGCCUGAGACUAAAGCCUUCCAAUUUUGGGAAUGUUACUGAUCUCCCAUUGCAUUAGCAUACGUGUAAAUUACAACAGACAAAAGAGCAACAUUUUAAGUCAUGAACUUUAACAUCAGCUGCAGUGCGUAUUUUUUUUACAAGGACAAUAGAUGAUAUUCGAUAUUUUGGAAGAAUGAAACAUCAAUCCAUCAAUCGCUAUGUUUUUAAUUUAGUUGGUAUUUCAAGCAAGUCACCUCUUUUAAGCAAACAAAUUGAAUGUGAUCCCUUUGUGAUUAUCAAGCAAAAUCUGUCAUUGUAAACAAAAUAUUGAAUGUGAUCAAAAAAAAACUCCUUAGAUCCUAAAAUAAAGCAUGUGUGUAAGGGCA